AUGGCUACUACCAACGAUUUCUCCGCCGCUGAGGUCAACAGCUACGACUACAUUGUCGUAGGUGGUGGUACUGCUGGUUGUGUCAUUGCUGCUCGUCUGGCUCAGUACUUGCCCAACAAGCGUGUCCUUGUCAUUGAGGGUGGUCCCAGUGACUUCUCAGAUGACCGAGUCCUUAACUUGAAGGAGUGGCUUAACCUUCUGGGUGGCGAGCUGGACUACGACUACCCUACUACUGAACAACCCAACGGUAACAGCCAUAUUCGUCACUCUCGCGCCAAGGUGCUCGGUGGCUGCUCUAGUCACAACACCCUCAUCUCUUUCCGUCCAUUUGAGUAUGACUGCCGUAACUGGGUCGCCCAGGGUUGUCAUGGCUGGGACUUUGAGACCUUCACCCGUCUUAUCGAUGGUCUCCGCAACACUUUCCAGCCUGUUCACGGCCGCCACCGUAACCAGCUGUGCAAGGACUGGAUUCAGGCCUGCUCAUCUGCUAUGAACAUCCCUAUCAUUCCUAACUUCAAUGCGGACAUCCGUAAGAACGGUGAACUCACCGAGGGUGUUGGCUUCUUCAACGUCUCUUACAACCCUGACGAUGGCCGCCGAAGCAGUGCUAGUGUGGCUUACAUCCACCCUAUCCUCCGUGGUGAGGAGAAGCGUCCUAACUUGACUAUUCUGACCAACGCUUGGGUCUCCAAGGUCAACGUCGAGGGUGACUCCGUGACUGGUGUCAACGUUACCCUCCAGUCUGGUGCUAAGCACACCCUGCGUGCUCGCAAGGAGACUGUUCUCUGCGCUGGUGCCGUCGACACUCCUCGUCUGAUGCUGCUCUCCGGUCUGGGUCCUAAGGAGCAACUCUCUGCCCUGGGUAUCCCCGUUGUCAAGGACAUUCCCGGUGUCGGUGAGAACCUCAUCGAUCACCCCGAGAGUAUCAUCAUGUGGGAGUUGAACGCCCCAGUUGAUCACACCAUGACCACCAUGGACUCUGACGCCGGUAUCUUCCUCCGUCGUGAGGCUCCCGAUGCCGCUGGCUUCGAUGGCCGCGCCGCAGAUGUCAUGAUGCACUGCUACCAAAUCCCCUUCACUCUUAACACCACCCGUCUGGGCUACGAUGAGCCAGUCCACGCUUUCUGCAUGACCCCUAACAUCCCUCGUCCUCGCUCCCGUGGUCGUCUCUUCCUCACUUCCGCUGACCCCUCCGUCAAGCCUGCUCUGGACUUCCGUUACUUUACUGACCCCGAGGGCUACGACGCCGCUACCAUCGUCGAGGGUUUCAAGGCUGCUCGUAAGAUUGCUCAGGAGUCUCCCUUCAAGCAGUGGAUCAAGCGUGAGGUUGCCCCAGGUCCCGACGUUCAGUCUGAUGAGGCUCUUUCUGAGUAUGGUCGUCGUGUCGCUCACACCGUCUACCACCCCGCUGGUACUACCAAGAUGGGUGACCCCGUCCGUGACCCCCUGGCUGUCGUUGACUCUAAGUUGAGGAUCCGUGGCCUGAAGGGUGUUCGUAUCGCUGAUGCUGGUGUCUUCCCUGAUAUGCCUUCCAUAAACCCCAUGUUGACCGUGCUGGCCAUUGGUGAGCGUGCUGCUGAGAUGAUUGCUGAAGAGGCUGGCUGGUCCCACUCUCAGCCCAGACUGUAA